GGACGAUCGGGAACCAGCUUGCCGCUUCGCUGCGACGCUUGGGCUGCGAAGUAGUCUGAUAAGAGAAAACUACAAAGCGCUUUGUGUGAAGUUUAUUGUAAAUUCUGUAGCUGUUAUUGGCUUUAGUUCGUUUGAUGAGCAGCAGAAUAAAUAUAAACUCAAUAUAAAAUAUAUGUACUUCUUCUAGCAGUAGCAUGCAGACGAUGUCGGCAUCCAGUGUAAAAAGGAUACCUCUCGCGCCUGUCCCUAGUACGGUGUCAUCCACGAGCCCGCUUUCUACUAUGUCUUCCAUUUUCCACGACCUUGGCACGCAGGCUACAGUGUUUAUCCCGACCACUUCAACAUCCUCGCUGUGCGCUUUUUUUUUCGUGAUGGUGCUCUUGCUGUUCCUCCUGGUUUCAAGAUGUUGCGCCGCACGUUUUUACGACGUUCUCAUAAUUCGUAUGACUCGCGUGUGGUACAGAGAAGUGCUCUCGAGACUGGAUGACGGCAGCUCAGUCCUCGACGUCGGAAUCGGUACCGCGACGGCGCUUCUUCGAAAUGGCGACUAUCUUAGGAAGAAAAAGAUAAAGGUCGUAGAUAUACUAUUUUCCUUCAAUUUUUUGUUGGAUAACCUAGGAAUAAGUUGUUACGGAAUCGAUUUGAAUUUCGAUUUCGUUUCCGAGUAACACUAACUACAACUAGCACUAGCAGCAUCACAUUGACUACCCUCAUCAUGAUCUCCAGGUUGUCGGACUUGACUAUGACGCCGACUAUAUCGAGUUGGGCAAAAAGCAACUUGUCAGAGAAAAUGCUGACCUCAACAUCGAUCUGAUGUGCCGUUCGAUUUAUGAUAUCAGCGGCAUCCAGAGAGAUCUAGCGGCAACGUCAGUGGCAACGAGAACCUGUCAGUUAAUGCGAUAUAUCUUGAUUAUUUUGGAAACUGGUGAUAGAAAGAGAUAAGAGCACUGCAAACCAUCAAGAAAGUUACUACCCUCGCUGUGAUGCGCUUUUUUGGUCGUUAGCUAGUUUGGUCUUAUCAAUCAACGUAGUCCUUCAACAUUACAUUUGUAACUUCCACAAGGUUUUACUCUGUCUUUGGUUUACGAUGUAUGUUCCUUAUCAUUUUCAUUCCUUGUCCGUCUAAAAAUGACGUAGGAUGAGCCUGAUUGAACAAGUUGAAAACCUUUAAUUCCUGAAGAUGCGCAGGCUGCGUCAAAAGCAUACAAGUUCGACGUGGUAUAUUUCAGCGGAAGCUUUAGCCUCUUGCCAGACCCAGUUGAGGCCCUCAGAUUAGUGAAAAGGCAUUUUCUAGCAGAAAGUGGGCGACUCUACAUCACUUAUGGCAGCGGCAAAGUUGUAAUAGUUAUAGUAACGGCGUUCUUUGUGGAUAGUGUUAGUGAUGGGUUUAGGAGCUUCAGGAGUCACGAGAAGACGAAGAGUCUUUUUGCAGAGGACACUCAUAGUCUCAUUUUGGUACUAGGAGUCGGGAAACAGAUGUUCAAAUUCAUCAUGAAUGUCAAGAAAUGUCUUGACAGAGGUGUGGAUCGCAAAGUUCUCAUUUAGAUAUGGUUAUCCAUAUGUAUCGCAACUUCGUAUUUAGUCCCCAUAAUUCUCGAGUUCAUCAUCCUCUUCUGCACAGUUUUGAGUAAGAAAGUUCAACAUAUUUUUGUUCAUAUGUUGCAGACCUUUCAGCGAAAACACUCGCCCAUCACGGAACGAAUGAAGCCCCUACUGCGCCAGCUCAUCCGGAUAGACUUCGGCACCCUCACGUACGAAAAGGAUCUCGAUAAAAUUCUUGAGAAAUCUGGGCUUCACGUACUAUCAAACGAGCCCAUUCCAGGGUCCGUCGAUACUGCGUAUCAAGUUGCGAGAAUCAUAUGCCUUAGGUAGCAAGUUGCAUGCGGGACUCGGAAAUGGAGAUCAUGAGCCUCCAGUCAGCAGAGAGAGUCAGGCACUGUCCCUACGGCCUCUAUCCAGACGACGGAAGCACGUCUCGACGUCCUGGCGCUAAGUCUUCUGACGGUAAAAAUACUCAAUGAGUAUAAGAGAAAUCCGUAAAGAUCAGGAAUCAAGUUAUUUAUCCCGGUUCUUACAUUAACAUUAGGUUAGUAUACACAUUUUGUUGAUGAGAGAUAUUUUGUCUCGAGUACCUCACUCUAUCUCUACCUAGUUGAGGUACCACAAUUAUUUGAACAAGAUGGCAUGUUCCCACUUGAUGAAAGUUGACAUGAACACAACUACAUGAUUCAUCAAAGCCAGGAAUUUAAUUUUAGCUUCCAGGGGCGCGGUCGCUGUCCCUGUAAUGCGUGCGUAAAAGAU